GGCCAGCUGAGGGCAUUUGCUUCCGCUGUUUCUGCUCCUGGGUUAACAAUCAAGAUGGUACAUGCUGAAGCCUUUUCUCGUCCUUUGAGUCGAAAUGUAGUUGUUGGUUUAAUUUUCCGUUUGACAAUAUUUGAUGCAGUGACAUACUUUACUAUCAAAUGGUUGGUAGAUGCAAUUGAUCCAACCAGAAAGCAAAAAGUAGAAGCUCAGAAACAGGCAGAAAAACUAAUGAAGGAAAUCGGUAUGAAAAAUGUGAAGCUCUCAGAAUAUGAAAUGAAUAUUGCUGCUCAUCUAGUAGACCCUCUUAAUAUGCAUGUUACUUGGAGUGAUAUAACAGGUUUAGAUGAUGUCAUUACGGAUCUGAAAGACACAGUCAUCUUACCUAUCAAAAAGAAGCAUUUGUUUGAGAAUUCCAGGCUUCUGCAGCCUUCAAAAGGUGUUCUUCUCAAUGGGCCUCCAGGCUGUGGUAAAACGUUGAUUGCCAAGGCCACUGCCAAAGAAGCAGGCUAUCAAUUUAUUAACCUUCAGCAUUCCACACUGACUAACAAGUGGUACGGAGAAUCUCAAAAAUUGGCUGCUGCUAUCUUCUCCCUUGCCAUAAAGCUACAACCAUCCAUCAUCUUUAUAGAUGAAAUAGACUCCUUUCUACGAAACCAUUCAAGUUCUGACCAUGAAGCUACAGCUAUGAUGAAAGCUCAGUUUAUGAGUCUCUGGGAUAGAUUGGAUACUGAUCACAGCUGCCAGGCCAUAGUAAUGGGAGCUGCCAAUCGUCCUCAGGACCUUGACUCUGCUAUAAUGAGAAGAAUGCCUACAAGAUUUCACAUCAACCAGCCUGCUUUAAAACAGAGAGAAGCAAUCCUGAAACUCAUCUUGAAAAAUGAAAAUGUGGAUAGGCAUGUAGACCUGCUACAAGUUGCCCAGGAAACUGAUGGCUUUUCAGGAAGUGACCUAAAAGAGAUGUGUCAAGAUGUUGCCCUCCUCUGUGUUAGAGAAUAUGUUAAUUCUACAUCAGAAGAAAGCCAUGAUGAAGAUGAAAUUCGGCCUGUUCAACAGCAGGACCUGCAUCGGGCAACUGAAAAGAUGAAGAAAUCAAAGGAUGCAGCAUUUCAGAAUGUUUUAGCACAUGUUUGUUUAGAUUGA